AUGGAACCCAGUAGUGACACCUAUUUUAAAAAUUAUUCCGAAUUUGAAGUAGUAUCUCGAAAGAAUAAGAAGAAGAAAAGACAAAGGAAAAAACAAUUCACAUCUCUCGAACAACUUCAGAGUGAAUCUGAGGUGUCCCAAGCAGUGGAAUCGACAGGGGAUUCCAAUUUAACUGAUGAUAGUGUUAGUGAGCUUGGCUGUGAUGACUCUCCCACCGAAGGUAUUAGUAGCUCACAACUAUGUACUUUGAAUUCAAGUACAGAAUUUCCUAAGAAUGGUGUACGCAGAGAUGCUGUAAUGAACAGUGCACCAUCAUAUACCGAAAUUCCAGAAAAAGAAAAAGUUUUUGAGGAAGAAACCGAAGAUAAAUUAAUUUUUCAAGGCUCCAAGCCGGAAAUAUAUGAACCUCCUCUGUUAAACAUGAAGGCCUUGUCAAAGUAUGCCACAACUUAUGAGCUAGAGAGGUUUGAGAAGAAUGCUUUAAUUAUUUUUAAUCUAGAAAAUAUUGACGGUCAUGAGAAAAGACUUGGUACAGAAAAAGACGUCGAAAUGUUGAAAAAUACGUUCGGAAAAUUCGGUUUCGAAGCAGUCGAGUACAAGGAUUUUACGAAGGAUGAGAUUUUUGAAACUCUCAGAUCAUUCACGAGUAGUAAAAACAACUUGUCGGACUAUGGGUGCAUUGCGGUCGCAGUUCUGACGCACGGCUCCAAUAACGGCCUCCUGAGAGCGAGAGAUCAACAAUUUAGUGAAAUUGAGAUCAUCAAGCAUUUUAAAGUUAUCAAUAAUCUAACUUUAGUUACGAAACCUAAACUUCUCAUUGUUCAGGCAUGUCGUGGUACUAAAAUUGUGCCAGGUGUUGCAGUGUUUCAUUCUGGGAAGAUUCGAAGAGAUCUGGAUGAAGCUGUGGAGCCUUAUAUUCUGCCAGUAGAGUCAGAUAUGCUCGUUCUUCAUAGUUCUUACGAGGGCAGUCCAUCACAUAGGAAUGAACUUCACGGAUCCUGGUUUAUCCAGGAGUUAUGCAAUAAAAUUGUUGAACUUGCUGCCACUCAAGAUUUAGAAUCCAUCGUGAUUGAGGUUAAAAGGGAAGUAGCUAUCAACCACCAACACGAGGAGUAUAACAGGAGAACUCUUGAAAUGGAUAUCAACAAACAGAUGCCAGUCACCACUUCUACCUUAAUCAGGAAGCUGUAUUUAAGGAAACAUGGAGAGGCGUCACCUAAAGUGGAAUCUAUUUCAGACCGACCUCGCCCAAGUAUCACGACUGAAAUUAGAAAAGAUGUUUUAGACAAUGCUGUUGUAAAUACACCUCUUUUGUGUCAAUUCGGGCCGUGUUCGUGUUUCCUGGAUCAUUUCAAUUACAUGAGGAAAUGUUUGAAGUACUUCGUCGAGGAAAAUCCACUGGAUGACACAGCAAAAUGUAUGUGGGAAGUAGCAAAUACCUUCGAAGAUGGUGUCGAAUUUAAUACAUCUAAAGAGAAGAUGAACAAAGCGAUCUCAAAACAUUUGUACAAUAAUGCCCAAACUAGCCAGUAUUAUAAAUAUUUAUAUUUUUGUAAACAUUAA